CGUCCGGACCGUAAGUCCCCCGUGGGCAGUAGAGCGCUCGCUCCGGAUGUAGUAAGCGCUCGCUCAAUGCCGUCGAUUGACGGGCUGCGGCCCGUGGGGCCUGUCCCCCGACCCCGCCGGCCUGACCUCUCUGCCGGACCCCGGGGUGGUCAUCCCCUUCCGUCCCGUCCUCUCUCCCCUCCGCCCAGGCCCCGGGCCCCCGGCCCCGCCAUGGGGGACAUGAAGACCCCGGACUUCGACGACCUGCUGGCCGCCUUCGACAUCCCGGACAUCGACGCCAACGAGGCCAUCCACUCGGGCCCCGAGGAGGCGGGCGAGGCCCCGGCGAAGGCGGAGCCCGGCGGCGGGGGGGCGGGCGGGGGCGAGGCCACCGACCCCGGCCUGCCGCCCCCCGACAUCUCGGCCGUCAGCGUCAUCGUGAAGAACACGGUGUGCCCGGAGCAGCCGCCCGCCGAGCCGCCCGCGCCGGGGGCCGGCGGGGAGGGGAACGGCUUCGGCGGGCCCGACCCCCCGCCCGGCCCCCGCUCGCCGGCCGACGACGACGACGGCUGGAAGGCCCCCGAGGGCCCGGCCGCCCCGGGGCCCCUGGACCUGUUCGCUCACUUCGAGGCCAAGGUGCCCGGGGGCGCGGAGGCCGGGGAGGAGGGGGCGGGGCGGAGCGCGUCCAGCGGGGCGGAGGGGGCCGACGAGGACAGCAACGCCGACUCGCCCGGCUCGGCCCGGCUCCUCAAGGUGCGCAUCAAGACCGUCAAGACGUCCUGCGGGAACGUCACCCGCACCGUCACCCGCGUGCCCCCGGCCCCCGGCCCCCCGGCGGGCAAGGCCGCCGUGGUCGUGCCCGUCGUCCCCGUCGUCCCGCCCAAGGCCAACGGGGCCCCGGUGGUGCGGGUGCAGCCAGCCCGGGGGGCGGGCGGGGGGCCGGGGGGCGGGGGGCCGCCCAUCUCGCGCUCGCAGUCGAGCCUGGUGGAGGCCUUCAACCGCGUCCUGAACAGCAAGAGCCUCCUGCCGGUCUACCGGCCCAACCUGCGGCCGCCGGCCGAGGCGGGGCUGGCCCUGCCGCCCCUGGGCUACCGCUGCCUGGAGUGCGGGGACGCCUUCUCGCUGGAGCGCAGCCUGGCCCGCCACUACGACCGCCGCAGCCUGCGCAUCGAGGUCACCUGCAGCCACUGCACGCGCCGCCUCGUCUUCUUCAACAAGUGCAGCCUGCUGCUGCACGCCCGCGAGCACAAGGACCGCGGCCUGGUCAUGCAGUGCUCCCACCUGGUCAUGCGCCCCGUCGCCCUGGACCAGAUGGUCGGGCGCCCGGACGUGGCCGCCGACGCCUCGGCCGGGACCCCCGCCGAGGCCCCGCCGUCCGCCCCCUCCUCCUCCUCCGUCCCCUCCGCCGCCUACACCUGCUUCCGCUGCCUGGAGUGCAAGGAGCAGUGCCGGGACAAGGCGGGCAUGGCCGCCCACUUCCAGCAGCCGCCCGCCGCGGGGGCCGCCGCCUCGGCCACGGUGUGCCCCACGUGCCCCAUGAUGCUGCCCAGCCGCUGCAGCUUCGGCGCCCACCAGCGCAUGCACAAGAACCGCCCGCCCCACGUGUGCCCCGAGUGCGGGGGCAACUUCCUGCAGGCCAACUUCCAGACCCACCUGCGGGAGGCCUGCCUCCACUUCGCCCGCCGCAUCGGCUACCGCUGCCCGAGCUGCGCCGUGGUGUACGGAGGGGCCGGCUCCAUCAAGUCGCACAUCCAGACGGCCCACUGCGAGGUGUUCCACAAGUGCCCCGUCUGCCCCAUGGCCUUCAAGUCGGCCCCCAGCGCCCACGCCCACGUCUACACCCAGCACCCCGGCUUCAGCAACCAGCAGGCCAAGCUGAUCUACAAGUGCGCCAUGUGCGACACCGUCUUCACCCACAAGCCCCUGCUGUCGUCCCACUUCGACCAGCACCUGCUGCCCCAGCGCGUCAGCGUCUUCAAGUGCCCCUCCUGCCCCCUGCUCUUCGCCCAGAAACGCACCAUGACGGAGCACCUCAAGAACAGUCACCAGGCGUCGCGCGUGGGCGAGGAGGGCGCGGCCAAGGGCGCGGGGGCCCCGCCGCAGCCCAGGCCCGAGCCCGCGGAGCCGCCGGUCGUCACGCGGGCCGGGCCCUCCGACGAGUCGUCGACGUCCUCGGAGGAGGAGGAGGAGGAGGAAGAGGAGGAGGAGGAGGAGGCGCCCAGCUCCCCCGACCCGCCCCGGACGGCCAAGCGGGCGCGGCGCGGGGAGCCGCCGGGGGCGGCGCGGGCCGGGCGGGGGGCGGGCGGGGGCGCCGGGGGCUGGACCUGCGGCCUCUGCCAGGCCUGGUUCCCCGAGCGCGACGAGUACGUGGCCCACAUGAAGAAGGAGCACGGCAAGACGGUGAAGAAGUUCCCGUGCCGCCUGUGUGAGCGCUCCUUCUGCUCCGCCCCCAGCCUGCGGCGCCACGUCCGCGUCAACCACGAGGGCAUCAAGCGCGUCUACCCCUGCAGGUACUGCACCGAGGGCAAGCGCACGUUCAGCAGCCGCCUGAUCCUGGAGAAGCACGUGCGCGUGCGGCACGGCCUCCAGCCCGGCACCCCGCCCCGCCCCGCCCUGGCCCGCGCCCCCGCCCCCCAGCAGGCGGGCGCGGGGCCCAGGCAGCGGCGCGGGCCGGCGUCCUCGGACUCGUGCGGCGAGGAGCCGGACAGCACCACGCCGCCCGACAAGCCCCCGCGCGGGCCCCUGCGCUGCCGCCGCUGCGGCCACGGAGCCCCCGGCCCCGCCGAGCUGCAGGCGCACGUGGCGCAGGCCCACGGCGGCGGGGGCGGGCCCGGGCCCCAGCAGUGCUCGGACUGCGGCCUCUGCUUCGCCUCCCCCGGCUCCCUCAGCCGCCACCGCUUCAUCAGCCACAAGAAGAAGCGGGCCCCGGGGGGGCCCGACCCCGAGGACCGGGGCUCCCCGCCGUCCCCGCCGCCGGGGUCCGGCCUGGCCUGCGAGGUCUGCGGCCAGAGCUGCGACAGCCCCCUGCGCCUCAAGACCCACUUCCGCACCCACGGCAUGGCCUUCAUCCGCGCGCGCCAGGGGGGCAGCGGCGACAGCUAGUCGGGGCCCCCCGCCCCCCGUGGAGCCGAGCCGGGGUCACCGGCCCCCGCCCUCUCGGACGCGCGCCCGCACGCGGCCCCUCCACCCCCGGACCCUCGCCCGGCCCCCUCCCCCACAGUGCCUUUCACUCGUCUUCUCAGUUUUGCAGAAACUCCACGGGCCGGGUGGGGGGUGGGG